CUCCUGGUCAAUGCCAUGGCCAAGACCCAUAGUGACCAUCUGCUGUACUCCCUGGAAGAGCUGGUGCCCUAUGACUUUGAGAAGUUCAAGUUCAAGCUGCAGAACACCAGCCUGGAGAAGGAGCACUCCCGGAUUCCCCGGGGCCAACUCCAGACAGCCAAGCCAGUGAAACUGGCCACUCUGCUGGUCACCCACUAUGGGGAGGAGGACGCCGUGCGGCUGACCCUGCAGGUCCUGAGGGCCAUCAACCAGCACCUUCUGGCAGAGGAGCUCAACAGGGCAAUCAGCCCAGGGUGUCAGGUAAAAGAAAGUAACACAGACAGUUCAGCAAUGUCUGGUUCCUCUGGGGAGAUUAAGCCCAAGAGUCUGAAGAUACCAGAUGGCCUGGAAGGUGACAAGCAGCGACAAAGUGGUGACGGGGCUGGCUGCCCACCAUCCAUCCAGCCCGAGGCUGGAAGGGGGCCCCAGAAGAAGCCUCUGGGCAAACUGAGAGAUCAGAAAGGCUCUGAGGGCCUGGAUGUGCACGGCAAGCCAGGGGCCAGGAACACAACGCUGUCUUCCAAGAGAAGCCCCUUUCCCAGCAAGCCACAGGGGGAGAAGGGGAGCAAUGUGGGGGUCAGGCUGCGCAGGAACGCCAGCUCUGCAGGAAGGCUCCAAGGACUCUCCAGUGGGUCGUUUGCUGGGCCCCUGGGAAGGAGAGAAUUUAAGAUAUCUGAAGCAUAUUUACCUUCAGGAAAGAAGCGACCCAAAAGUCUUGAAUUUACCAUUUCUCCAGGAGAGACAGAACCUCUCAACCCAGAAACUCUUCUGCUUCAAGAGAAAAUGAGAAGUGAGAAUCCAGGCUCAGCAGCCACUCUGAACACAGGGGCUACUGUGGCUGCAGAGGAAGGAUCCAGGAAUCCAGAACACACCAUGACUCUGGAGGGGGGAGCACUCAGGAAUACACUUUCCAGUGUAUCAUUGGCUGGAAAGAAGAUCUGGGAGCAUCCAGAGUCCACAGUACCUGCAGAGAAGAGUGGAACUGAGGCUCCAAAGACCUCUAAGACCUUGGAGGAGGUGGUAGGUGGUGUGCUCCAUGAUUCUUCAAAUCCAGAAGUCCCUCCAUCUUCAGGGAGACUGCAGGACAAGGCUGUGUGUCCUCUUUGCUGUGCCCAGGAAGGAGACCUGGUUGGUGGCAGCUGCGUGCAUGUUUCCUGCAGCUGCUCCGUUGCUUCUAGGGAUCCUGAGGCUUCACGCGGCCACUCAUCCAGCUGCCCUCGGUGCCAGGACUUGCUCCCGGGGAAGAGCCAUGGAAGCCUCGAGUGGCAGGAGGGCCUGCAGAUGGCCAGCCUGAGCCCCAAAUCUCUGCCACAGUGUGAGCGUCACAUGAAGCAGGUCCAGCUGCUCUUCUGCGAGGACCACGGGGAACCUAUCUGCCUCAUCUGCGGGCUGAGUCAGGAGCACCAGGGCCACCGGGUUCGCCCCAUCGAGGAGGCCGCCCUGGAAUACAAAGAACAAAUUCAGAAGCAGCUGGAGCGUCUGAAGGAGUUGAGAAAAUCUGGAGAGGAGCAGAGAUCUCAGGGGUAUAAGAAGACAGCAAACUCCCUGAAACAAGCUGAAACCCAGAAGCAGAGAAUCCAGUACCAGUUGGAGCAGUUAUGCCAGUUUUUAGAGCAGCAAGAGCAGCUCUUUGUGGCCUGUCUUGAGGAGCUGGGCCAGACCAUUGGCCAAGUCAGGGAGACAUAUGGCACCCGGGUGACAAGGGACAUCGCCCUUCUCGACAAGCUGAUUGGGGAGCUGGAGGCCAAGCAGUGCCAGCCAGAAUGGGAGCUUAUGAAGGACAUCGGAGUCACCCUGCACAGGGCCAAGAAGGUGACUGUCCCUGAGCUGUGGGCCACCCCUCCAGAGGUGAAAGAAAAGAUCCACCUGCUCUACCAGAAAUCAGAGUUUGUGGAGAAGCGCAUGAGGCACUUCUUGGAAACCCUGCGUUCAGAAAUGGAAACGUUCAACGUUAAUGUGAUUCUGGAAGCAGAAGCUGCCCACCCCAACCUCAUCUUUCAUCUUCUCUGA